AUGUUUGAGAAGACAGUUUGUCUUUUUGACGUUGAUGGAACUCUCACUAAACCUAGACAGGUGAUAAGUCCUGAAACGUACGAUUUUCUCUGCGAACUCGACAAAAAGGUGGAAAUCGGAAUUGUGAGCGGAUCUGAUCUUAGUAAGAUUAUUGAGCAGAUGGGUGGUCGUUCAGCUUUGCAUAAAUUCAAACACGUCUUUUCUGAAAAUGGUCUCGUUGCUUAUGAAUACGAUAAAUUGAUCAGCACCAUGAGUAUUGCUUCUCAUCUUGGUGAGGAUUCUUUGCAACGGGUAACCAACUUCGUUCUUCGCUAUAUCUCUGAUUUAAAAUUGCCAGUGAAGCGGGGUACUUUCGUGGAAUUCCGCAACGGAAUGCUUAACGUUAGUCCCAUUGGUCGUUCGUGUUCACAGCCUGAACGUAUUGCUUUCUUUGAAUAUGAUAAAAUUCACAAAAUUCGCGAACAAAUGGUGGAAGUGCUUCGAAAGGAGUUCGCAGACUACGAUCUGCAAUUCUCCAUCGGUGGUCAAAUCAGUAUAGACAUAUUUCCCAAGGGGUGGCAUAAAUGCUUCUGUCUCUCAUUCCUUAAGGACUAUGAUACCAUUCACUUUUUCGGCGAUAAAACAAUGGAGGGUGGAAAUGACUACGAGAUCUACAACGACCCACGAACUAUCGGUCACACCGUGACAAGUCCAGAGGACACAGUAAAGCAACUCAAGGAACUUUUCUUCUCAUAA